GUAGACGUUUGGUCGCGGUGGUAUAUACACGUCGGUAACCGCAUGAAACCUUCGGUGCGUAAACUUUUGUGACAAAGUGGCUUAGUGAUAAAAAAAUUCGUUAUUUAGGAACUCUACAAAGACUACAAUAGACUAUUCAUCUAAGGUGAAAUAAUUUGAAAUUGGAAGGUAUUUUUUGGAUGACGAAAGUCCGCUAAUAUUUAUGAUGUGAUUUAAAUUUGGUAAUAAACACUUCAAAAUGGAGAGCUGGAUUAAGGAGGGAAUUUUUUUGUUGUUGGUGGUACUUUGUAAAGCCGCAGUUUUACCACCACCAUGGGCAGAUGUUCAAAGUAACCCUUGUGCUGCACAUCCUCGGGGCUGGUUAAUGUUAUAUUGGCCUAGUGACGGAAAAUGCUACACGAUUUAUAAGAAAGGGCACCCGUGUCCCGACACUCAAGAACUAAGUCCAGGAAAACGUGGGGCAAUGACAGUUGCCGAAUGCAAGUGCCCCCCUGGUACUGCUCAAUUGCCCCACUCUACAACUUGUCACAAGCUCUUUGAGAGGGGACCCUGUAGGACUGGCGAGUACUUUGCCCCCGUGGAGGAAACCUUCAAAAAGAGAGGUGAACGUCAAGGCAUCUGCGUAAGGCCGAAGCAAUGCGCUGACGAGACCUUGGUCUACUGGCCACCGGAUGACCACUGUUACUAUAGGAUGACUCAGGGGCCGUGCUUUUUAGGUUCCAUUUUACAAGUUGGGAAGGAUGGCCUUGCGAACUGUACGUGUACAAAAGACAGUUCUAAUUACUGGGCCGCAGAUGACAGCUGUUACGCGCACUACUCGCGUGGUCCAUGCGAAAUGGGGCAGCUUUUUCUUCCUGGCUCGAAGUGUGGUUGCGCAUCACAUCUUCCACAUUAUCAUAAUCAGACUGAGGGGUGUUAUGAAUUAGAUUCCACCGGACCAUGUCCCAAAGGCCAUACGUUUUCGAUAACGGAAGUGACCUCUAAAGGCUCCCAUGCCGAGUGCAAAUGCAAAUCGUUUCAUGCGCGUGCGACGGACGGGGCCUGCUACCGGAUGUACACAAGGGGACCGUGUGCUCAGGAUGAGAUGAUUAUGAGAGAUGGACGCUGUACUAAGGUGCCGUGUGCCAGAGGCCGUCUUUAUUCUCCAAAGCGCCGUCGCUGUUAUCGGCCUGGAGCCACAGAACCGUGUCCCUUAGGCGAAGUCUUGUCUUUCGACUUUGAGGCUCGACCGGCAGUAGAUGGAUUGAGUCAUAACGGGGUCUGCGCUUGUGGACCUGGGAGUAUGUGCCUUCGGAAGAAGGUGAUAACGUGUUUAUCGAAGCCCGGAGCAGCGAUAUAUGGAAACACGUGCCAUAUUUUACACACACAGGGUCCUUGUUCGGAGGGAGCUUGGCUUGUUAGAGAUAACACUGGGAGUGUCAAAUGUCAAUGUCGUCCUGACACUUAUUGCACAGAACUUAGCUGACAACCAAUGCUUAAAGGAUUAAUUUGAGAUACUGUUUAAAGGUAUAAUGUCUUCCUAGCCAAAUUAUAAUAAAAAUUAAACGGGUUGAAAUGCAUUUUUUAGAAAAUUCUCCAACUGUAUAAGAAAGUCAGACUCCUCAUUAUAAACUUGUCGACAUGUUUAUAAUAAAAAAAACCCGCAACCUAUCUGUUGUAAGAUUAAGUGCUCUUUUCUAGGAUCUGUGUAGAGCGGGGUCAUAGUACCGGUGCCGCCCACUCGGAUCCGUGCGAGCGACACCUUCAAUUUUUUAAACCACUGCCAUUCCUAGUCCUCGGAUCCUAGUAUUCGGCACCCAAUGUACUGUAUGCCACUCGGAUCCGAAAAAUGUUUUUUUCAAUAAAAUAUUUUCAAACAUUCAUAUUUACUUAAUCAUAAUUUGCCAUAAAAAGUUUUGGGUUCCGAUUAUUGGUGUUAAACGCGUGAUUUGUAUUUAUUGAAAUUAUAGCGUGUGAAAUAAUUGACUGAAACUAUAGUUUGCUUAGUUUUUUACUGUCCCGUAUAAGUGUUAAUAUAUAGAAACUCAGACAGAGGCUGAUCUUACGUAAUGUGAACAGAAACACAAAUAUGGCCACCACUGAUUUUGUAAUUAUUAAUGUAAUAUCACUAAAAGUAUACCAUUCCAAUAGAUUUAAUAGGUACAAAAAAUUUGUGUUUAAGAUGAUUAAUACACAUAUUUUGUUUAUAUUCCACAUAUUUUAUACCACUUUGGUUUAGUGUGUUAAAUGUAAUAUUUUCAAAUAAUGUAAAUCGUAUAGCGACAGUUUGAUUGAUAUAUAUUGGAAUGUAUGUAGUAAAUAAGGUUAAUAAUAUAUUUAUUAUGAUCUCGAUAAAUUAAACA